AUGGAAGUUUGGGCUGAAGAAGAUGAGGUAAAAGAAGGGGGGGAGGAGAAAAAAGAGGAUGCCUUGGUCCCAGGGGGAGCUCCGCCUGAGCCACCCUAUCUCUUGCCUCCACCUGAAAAGAAAGAAGGGGAAGAAGAGCUCAAACCAGGAGGCUUCGACAUCAAGAUCUUCCGCCUGGCUGCACCUAUGAUCACCAAAACUGCAAGAGAAGUCACCAAAACGGCAAUGGACUUCAUCCUCAAGCUCAGAAUGGACGGCUUCCACAUUGGAAGAAUACAUUCAGAUCGAGGUGGCAGUGAAGAGCUUCAAAACACAAACACGUCGGCUGCUCAAACAAGCCGAUGUGGGCAGCGAAUGUUGGCCAUUAGCGGCUCGCUAUGCCGAUGCCUUGAACAGAAGCUGGCGGCUUGGCGACGCUCCAAGCUUUCCACCCUUCAUGCAGGACGUCCUUGUGAGGCGUCGCACAUGGAGACAGGGUGUCUUCGAGCCCACCGUGGAGAGACUGUCAAGUACCAGUUUCCUGCUCCUGAAGAACAUGGACAUUGGGUUCAAGCUGAAGAAGAACGACCAAGAGUCACCAAAUACGUUCUUCGGAAAGCCAAAGAGCCAAUCACCGACCAGAAGUGUGUCGCAAUCGAAAAGGAACUUGCUGAUGCUUUGACCACCAGAAGGAGGUUGCGAGAGAAGACAUCAGUAAGAAAGAUUGAAAUUGAGGAGAAAGAUUUGAAAGAUGAGGAGAAAGAAGAAGAAAAGGUUCAGCAGCUGAGACACAGGCUGAGCAGAAUGAUAGAAGAAGAAAUGAAGCACAUGGUCGAAGACGACCCUGACAUAGCAGUGGAAGAACUCAAAUGGGUAGCGAAAAUGAAAAGAAUGAUGGAAGAACCAAGUGAGGAGGAUGAGAUUCUCCAAACGAAAGUAAUCUCAACAAGAGAGGUUGUGAAAAGUUGGAAAAGUUGGCUUGAAGCCAUCGAUGCCGAAGUUCAAAGUCUUUUGGAGAAGAAAGAAGCUUUGAAAAAGAUCGCAAGAAAAGAAUUGGAGGAGAUUCAAAAGAAGGCUGCUCAAGAAGGCCGCACUGUGGAGAUCAUACCCUCAAAAUUGGUCUUCACGAUCAAAGCUGGCAGCAAUGGCAGCAAGCGCAAAACACGUUGGGUGAUUUGCAGAAACCAUGAGUCCAAAAAGGAUUCUGAACAGACCUUUUCAAGCGGUGCUGAUGCCGCAGCCUUUCGGCUGUCCAUUUGGGCAGCAGCCCGUUAUCAAUGGGCUGGUGCAGGCAUCGACAUCAAGACUGCAUUCCUCAACGCGUUGAUGGAUCAGGACGACCAAGAAGCUGUCCUGAUUGUGAGGCCACCUGCACUUUUCACCGAGAAGGGCUACAUGGCACCGGAUGAUUUCUUCGUGCCUCAAAGAGCUGUGUAUGGGCUCCGCCGUUCUCCAAGAUUGUGGGGCACGUGCCGCGAUGAAACUAUGGAAAGCUUUCAAAUCGAAGCAGAAGAUUCAAGAGGAGGAAAAGAAAGUUCCAUCUACGAGCUCUUCAAUCAGAACCAAACCUUUGGAGACCAUGUCCUAUGGGGACUGGUUAUGACCUACGUGGAUGACAUCUUCAUCUGCUCAUCCCACUCCAUCCUGGAGGCCAUCAAGGAGAAGUUUCAAGAAACUUGGAAGACAUCAACGCCAGAGUAUGUCUCCGAGCAUCCCAUUCGAGCUCAAAAAUUUGUUGGAGAAGUACUUUGGCUUCUCACCCGCUCACGCCCUGACCUCAUGUAUGGUGUGAGUCGGAUGGGAUCAAACGUCCUGAAGAAUCCCGUCAAAGUCAUGGAGCUAGGAGAUCAAAUGAAGGGCUAUCUCAAAAGAACUCAAGAUGAGGGACUCCGCUACCAGGUGGACUUCAAAGAUGAGAUCGUCCUGCAGGCAUACUCAGAUGCCUCAUUUUCUACUGAAGGCUCAGAAAGUCAUGGAAGCUUUUUGAUUUCGCUGGAAGGGUCGCCGAUUCUUUGGCGAGCUGGCCGACAGAGUCUGGUCACACUUUCAACAGCUGAAUCAGAGAUGACAGAAGUCAUAGAAGCGAUGACUGCUGGCGAAUCAAUAGCUGUCAUGGUCCAAGAGCCCUACGAGGUGGUCAUCAAAGUGUCCUACACCGACAGCCAAGCAGCUGAAGCCAUUCUGACCUGCGAUGGCGGCAGCUGGAGGACGAGGCACCUCAGGCUUCGUUCCUCAUUUGCCAGGCAGAGCAUCAGCCGUGGCGAUUGGCUGAUCCAACAUGUUGCUGGCGAGCCAAUGAUCGCCGACUUGGGGACGAAAGCCUUGAGCGCCAAGUCCCAUCACCCGGAAGUCUCCCUGGAGAAGCGAAGCGAGGAGAAAAGACUUCGAAAGGAAGCGUAG